AUGAAGUUCACUCUUCUCGCUGCUCUCUUCUUGUUGGCUGUCUUCGUGACAUCGACCGAAGCCGCCAACACCAACGGUAUCUGCAUCAUGUGCAGUGGAAUGAUCCAGAUUCCAAACAAUUGGAAGGAUACCCAACAACUUCUAUCCUACGGAUGUAAAUCCCUCGGAGAAGCUGCCAACGCCUGUUCUCAUAUGGUCGAAGAAGCCGAUUUGACAGCCUCCUACCCGAGAAUGUUCCCGUAUAUCAUUCAAUUGAAGGACAUCGGAUGCAGAAAAUUCUGUCAAUAA